CCACUAUAGAUUUUGUCUUAUUUUAUUUCAAUUUUUAUUAUGUUUUACAGGUAUGUUCGUACAAAAAUCAGAUCCCAAUUAUCUGCUGUACGGACUGCGAUUUGAUUAAUGAUACAAACUCGGUGAUGGUAGAUAGAUUUGGACUCCAUUACUUUAAAUCCCACCAAAAAGCAGAAGACAAAUGCAUAGAAUACGUAAUAGAUGAGCAGUACCCUUGUCAGCUCCAGGGUGGGAUGCAACGGUAUCUGGAUGAUGACAGGAACUGCUAUGCGUACACGCCAACCGCAGUGCUCACUGUAGCUGGGGGCAUGGAUGCGGGCAGAGGGCAGUACCCUCAUAUGACUCUCCUAGGCUAUGGUGAUGACAUGGAGUCAGCUCAGUGGCUCUGCGGUGGCUCCCUCAUCAGCCACAGAUAUAUUCUCACGGCAGCACACUGCCUCCACAGCGAAACUUCGGGUCCAUUAAAAUUUAUAGCUUUAGGCAUCCUAAAACGGUCUGAUCAAGAGAACCUCUGGCACAAAUACAACGUGAGGAAGAGCAUCCCCUACCCGGAAUACAAGCCACCUUCCAAAUACCAUGAUAUAGCUUUAGUGGAGUCUGAUAAAUGGAUAAAAUUCAACCACCACAUCCUACCAGCCUGUCUGAACACAGACGAUACUGCAGAACAUUCCAUCGCCUUCGGAACUGGUUGGGGCACCACGGGCCAUCGGAAGAGUCUAGCUGAUAACUUGCAAACUGUAGUCCUAAGCAUGUACACAGAGGCAGAAUGUUAUACAUAUUACCCGGAGCACAGGAACCUGGUGGACGGCUACAAUCACACCACACAGAUGUGUUACGGGGAUAUGGACGGUAUUAAUGAUACCUGUGAGGGUGACAGCGGGGGUCCAUUACAAGUCCACUCGCAUCUUUCGUCAUGCAUGUAUACUCUGAUCGGAGUGACGUCAUACGGAAGACCAUGUGGUGUCGCUGGUGGGUCGGGGAUCUACACCAGAGUCUCCGCCUAUAUAUCCUGGAUCGAAAAAAUCGUGUGGCCAUAGAAAGACCGAGGAAACUUGGCAGAAAUUGAAAAAUAACUAGAGGAUAUAAGUAAAAAUAACUAAAAAAAAUCUGUGA